AUGCAUUCUACAUGUCAUAAAAAUAAAACACUGCAUGACACAAAAUUGACAUGUAGUAUUGAUAAAGAUUAUAAUUAUCAUUUACAAAAGCACUUUAUACACAAAUAUUAAUUAUACUUAUACAAAUUAUGAAGUAGUUUAAAAAUAAUCAAACGAACUCGUGGCCAAAAAUGGAUUAUAUAGUCGAAAGUAUUGCCCUAGGAAUAGAUUCCUUAAUAUUGAUAGCAUGUAUCAGGCAAUACUACAAGCACAAGAAUGCAAUGUCCAUGAUACAGGGUGCCCCUUUCCUGGAGAUCAACAAGGACUUGAAAGAAAUCGUGCGGACACAUCCAGAAUCCAAAUUAUCGUAUGUAUCAAUCAGAGGCACUGUCAACCCACUUGGUAACCCCAUUGUCAGCAACAAUAAUCCUAAUGCAUCUGGUGUGGUACAAUUAAUACGCAUCAAGGAACAUGUUGUGCAGAGAAGUACAACUGGCUUUUGGGCCGAUUCUGAGAGGACAAUUCAGGAAGUUCAUAACUUCAUGCCUUUUACCUUAAAAAAUAACUCUAUGCAAGUCGAAAUUGUUGACCCACUAUCUGCUGAAGUUUUAGACAUGGAUGUUGUAUUUGAUGAAUUCAAACCAACUGUGCCAACUGUUAUGGAUCAUAUAUGGGGAUUUUUCUCUGGAGUGAGGCAAAGGGGUGUACAGUCCACUGAAAAAAUGUUGAGGACUGGUACAAUAGUGACAGGCAUUGGGGAGCUGGUGUAUACAAAUGAUGGUAGCCUAAGGUUACAGCCUCCUCCCAAGGCACCAUUUUACUUAACAAACAUGCAAGUUACUUCCCUCGUUAAAAAGCUGGAUGGCUCAAAAAGAAACUAUAGAUUUAUGUGUAUAAUAUUUGGGACUGCUGGCAUUGUACUUUCAGUAAUGAUAUUUAGGAAGUACUGGAUGUACAGGAAGCAACUGGUUGAGGAUCAACAGAGGAAAAAACAAAUUGAGGAGUCCAGAAGGAAUAGACGUAGGCAAAUGAGGGAAGAGAAUGUUCCUGAAAGUCAACUAUGUGUUGUCUGUAAAACCAAUCCAAUUGAGAUAAUCAUCUUACCAUGUGGUCAUGUGUGUUUGUGUGAGGAUUGCCAAGUGGAAAUUAGGGAUUGUUGCCCAGUGUGUAGGGCAACAAUAGAAAAAAAAUCCGUCGCUUUCGUCUCAACAUGAUAGCAAUUCUAAUGUCAAUUUUGUAUCAUAAACAUAUAUGAUUUUGUAUAUAGUUUAUUGAAGUAAAUUAUUCAAUGAUAUAUUA